AUGGAGAUGGAAAAAUGGUCAUUUGGAAACGCGUUGAUUUUCACUUUUAGUGUCAUAACAACUAUAGGAUACGGUCAUAUUGCACCUGAGACGUUUUACGGUCGUUUAUUCGUUAUCUUCUUCGGUCUAGUUGGUGUUCCCUUGACUCUUCUAACUGUAGCUGAUCUUGGCAUGUUUUUCUCCAUACUUUUGCGGAAGUUAGUCGGCAAAAUAUUCCUUUUGAGUGACCUCUGUAAACGGAAACAGUCAAAGAUACAAGUUCCAACAUCACCGCGGAAUAAUGGUGUGCUUGCUACUGCUCGAGACAUGAAAAGCCCAGAGGAUGAAGAAGAGGAAGAGGAAAGCUCUGCACAAGACGAAUCGCAAAGAAAGACUGCUGAAGCUAUAGCGUUAUCGGUAACGUUUGUGGGCUAUUUGAUGCUUGGAGCAAAAGUAUUAUCUGUCUAUGAGCCAGAAAUGGACUUUUUCAAAGCACUUUUUGACUACCUUUUCAUCACGUUUUGUUAUACUGGAAUUGGUCUCGCUCUGACCACGAUGGCCAUAGAAAUGGCUGCCGAUCUUCUACGAAAAGUGCAUUAUGUUGGUAGAAAGAUGGUGCUGUUGUGUGUUCGGAGGAACAAAAAGCCACCUUCUGUUAUGCAAGGAGCGUUGACCUACAGUAAACUGCGUGACUCGAGCGAAAACGACAUUCUAUUCGUAGACGAACGAUUAGGAAAGUACUAUGGUAGGUUGAUUUGA